GCUAUGGACGAUUUAUCGACAGAUUCGCCUCUCACACCGGAGCCGUCUUCUCUAAAAACAUUUGUCUACUUUUGUCGCAUCCACGAGCUUUAUAUAAGGUCUCCCUGAAAAUGAGACGCAUAGACAACACUCGGUGAUCUCUGUGUUUCCCGGUUGUUUGCAAAAUAAGGUUUAAGAUAAGUUUUUUGUUUGUUGAUGUCUCACUCGGAUAUGGCACACGUCUGGAUCCAAUAAGAGAAUUUCACAGCGUCAGACGCGUCUGCGGCGGGGGAGACCAGUGGAGGGACUCGGAAACUUGUGUGGUGCAGGAGACGGUCUCUCUUUUCCAAUCGGCUCUGCCACAGCUGCCACACAGACAGGGAGAGAGAGGAAGAGAGAGAGAGAGAGCGAGAGAGAGCGAGCCAUGGUGAACUCCUUCGUACUGAUGCUCAGCUGGACUGUGAUCUCUGGGGUGGCGAGAGCUCAGAAUGACACGGAGCCUAUUGUCCUGGAGGGAAAAUGUCUCGUGGUCUGCGACUCUAACCCGACCACGGACUGGAAGGCUUCGUCCUCUCCGCUCGGCAUCUCAGUGCGCGCGGCCAACUCCAAGGUGGCUUUCUCUGCAGUCCGGAGCAACAACCAUGAACCGUCGGAGAUGAGCAACAAAACGAGAAUAAUCUACUUCGACCAGGUUCUUGUGAAUAUAGGAAACUACUUCACAUUUGAAUCAGUGUUUUUGUCUCCAAGAAAAGGAAUCUACAGUUUUAACUUCCAUGUCAUUAAAGUGUACCAGAGCCAAACUAUACAGGUGAACUUGAUGUUGAAUGGAAAACCCGUCAUCUCUGCCUUCGCGGGUGACAAAGACGUAACUCGUGAGGCGGCCACCAAUGGAGUUCUGCUCUAUCUAGAAAAAGAGGACAAAGUCUACUUAAAGCUGGAGAAGGGAAACCUAGUCGGUGGAUGGCAAUACUCAACAUUUUCUGGCUUUCUUGUGUUCCCGCUGUAAAAAAAAAGAAACGAAGAUUGUAAGCGUACUGACUUCCUCAUAAUGUGUUGUCACUGUAUAAUCAAAACAUUGCUGCUGCGUCCGUUGGAUCUUACCAAAUUGUUGAAAGGUGAUGGAUGGAAAUGGAUCCGAACAGAGAAAAGAAAUAUGACUUUGGAAAUCAUUCAUAUUCUCUGGAUGUGCCCGUCCAGAUGAAAGAGACUUGAAAUGUUCCCGGUUGCUAAUGUAUGUUUCUGUCACUCAACCUCAGAGAGGAAGACUAAAACAUCCCAAAAAUACUACUCAAAGUUUAACAUGGCCACUGUUGCAUUCAAGUACAUCUGCAUUUUGGGUGUAAACU